UGAAUUCUUCACAGAACGCCGAAGAGCUCUAUUGCACGCGACUCCACUCUACUACUCCUACCACCCUCCUUUCUCUACCCAACAGAACCACAACAGUACCGCACAAGACGAUCCAUCAUGGCUGUCCGCGCGCAAUUCGAGAACUCCAACGAAGUCGGUGUCUUCUCUACACUUACCAAUGCCUAUGCGAUUGUCGCAGUAGGCGCUUCCGAGAACUUUUACAGUGUUUUCGAAGCUGAACUCCAGGAUGUCAUUCCCAUCUGCCACGCCACAAUCGCCGGGACUCGCAUUGUCGGCCGUCUGACCGCCGGUAACAAGAAGGGUCUCCUCGUCCCCACCACCACAACCGACCAAGAGCUUCAGCACCUGCGCAACUCGAUACCAGACAGCGUCAAGAUCCAAAGGAUAGAAGAGCGGUUAUCAGCUCUCGGCAACGUCAUUUGCUGCAACGACCACGUCGCACUCGUACACCCGGAUAUCGAGCGAGAGACAGAGGAGAUAAUAGCAGAUGUGCUUGGCGUGGAGGUCUUUAGGCAAACGAUCGCGGACAACGUUCUCACAGGCUCAUACAUGGCGUUGAGCAAUCAGGGCGGCAUCGUGCACCCCAAAACAUCGAUCCAGGACCAGGACGAGUUGUCGAGUUUGCUCCAGGUCCCGCUUGUCGCUGGUAGUGUGAACAGAGGUAGCGCGGUCGUCGGCGCGGGUAUGGUCGUCAACGACUGGAUGGCAGUCACUGGUCUUGACACAACAGCGACUGAGCUUUCAGUCGUUGAGUCUGUCUUCAGGCUGGGCGAGGGCAACGGGCCAAGCAACAUCAACACCACACACAAGGACGCUAUGGUCGAGUCUUUCUACUAGACGGUGUCUAUUGUGUAUGGGCUCAUGAUCUCUCUGCACACUUUUUCGAGCGUGGCAGAUUGAGACAAGCCAACAAGUUGUGUCUAAGAAGAAUCGAGCGAGGAAAAAGGGUACAGGAUUGGUAUCCAUAUGCUCUUCUAGCUUAGUAACUGAAUGAUACCAGACGAACAGCA